UCCAAGAUGGCGGGUUCAGCAGGAAGCUUAGGCUCUGGUUUAUUAAGUAUACAGAGCGCUGCUCGACAGAAAUCAAGAGAAGCAAAAGAAUCUAGUGACAGCGAUGAUGAUGAGCUCUUUGACAGCGAGAAGCUGAAGACAAAAUUAAUGUCUAUGUGGAAUAACAUGAGACAUGGGUUUGUUGUGCCUUUCAAAGCACACUUUAAUGAGGAUUCUCCAAUAUGGCUUUUAGGAAGAUGUUAUCAUGCUAGAAAUCAUGAAUUUAGUGGGGUACACUCAACAGAAAAAUGUAAAGUUUUAAGCAUGGAUGAAUUUCAAAGAGACUUUCACUCAUUGAUCUGGCUGACAUAUCGGCGAGAAAUUCCGCAACUUGGCGACUCAAUGUUAACCACUGACUGUGGCUGGGGAUGCAUGUUACGGAGUGGACAAAUGAUGAUUGCAACUGGAUUGGUCUAUCAUUUUCUAAAGAGAGAGUUUAGGACAACUGGAAGGUGUAUGAGUAGGGAACAAGAACACUUCUACAAAACAAUUCUUCGGUUUUUUGGAGAUUUAGAAGAUGAAGAACGAUGCCCGUUCUCUUUGCAUCGCCUUGUCUCGAUUGGUGCGCACACUGGAAAGCAAGCGGGGGACUGGUACGGACCUGCUUCAGUGGCGCAUAUUCUCAGACUAGCAAUGGCUGGAGGAACUCAUCCUUUGCUUCACAAUGUAAAUGUUUAUGUGGCUCAAGAUUGUACAGUUUAUACAGAUGAAGUAGAAAAGCUUUGUACGAGCUGUAGAACCCACACCUGGAACUGUUCCGAUGGAAAGUGGCAAUCUGUUAUUAUUUUAGUUCCUGUUCGGCUUGGUGGCGAAGCACUGAAUCCCAUUUACAUACCAUGUGUUAAGUCUCUUUUUACCUUAGAUCAUUGUAUUGGAAUCAUAGGUGGACGACCGAAACACUCUCUUUAUUUUGUUGGUUUCCAAGAUAAUAAAAUGGUUUGUUUAGACCCUCAUUAUUGUCAAGCGGCUGUAGACAUGUCUAAGGAUGACUUUCCAACGCAGUCAUUUCACAGUGUUCAGCCACGCACAAUGUCGUUCAAAAAAAUGGACCCCUCGUGUACGAUAGGUUUUUAUUGUGAUACCAAAGCUGACUUUGAAAGAUUUCGACAACAGACCACAGAGGUUUUACGGCCUCCAAUGCAGCGCGGUGAUUAUCCCAUGUUCAUCUUCGCGUCUCAUCGGAAACCGAUGGCGUCCGAAGAUUUUGUGCGCAGCGCGAACUUAUCCGAGAGCCUUAUAGAGAGCGCGGAACCAGAAAGAUCGAAUAACAGUGUCCCAAGUCCAUCGACGUUAAGCUGUAGUCCUUCAGCUGAAGAGUAUGUCGUUCUUUGACAAUUUCUAAUAUUCAGUAUAGUCUGAGUAAAUCUGCCAAUCUUUGCCACAGUCAGCCCACUUCCUUUCCUACUCACCGACCACCCCUGACCCUUGGCUCGCUGUCCAAAAAAUGAACCGAGUAACAGUCUUUUCAAAGUAAAAAGUUGUGAAUAGUAAGAUAUCUCCCUUACUUAUCAUAAAUGGGCCACCGUUAAUGACAAAUUAACCAGUCUAAGAAAUUUCCUAGGCUUAAUUAACCCUUUCAAUCUUAGGAGGGAUCAACAAAGAAAUUCUCCUCGGAAUAGUCCCUUUUACAGUUGUGGG